UUGGCGUUGGUCGGAGUCGGUUUUAACCCGACUGAACAUGUUUAAUCGGCGUUUGUUGGGUCGUGGAAUGUCUGAGCAGUGUGAUAUGAUUUUCCAACAAACGACAACAAACUCUGACGUAAUCUGACCUGGCCACGAACCGUUGCCAUGACAAUGAGGCAAAACUGCAAGUAGGUGCUGGGCGCGCUUAGGAAAAUAACUUUAAAAAUGGCAGGUUUCUGGACAAACCAGAAAGAGGAACAGUUUUUGGAUCUUUGGGAGGAGAGGCCAGAGCUUUAUGCGGUGGGUGUGGCCGAGUAUACCAACCGCAACGCGAGGGGGAAUGCGAUCAGAUCGGUCGCUACAGCGCUUGGGAUUUCAGAAGCUGAGGUAAAGAAGAAAAUGGACAAUAUGAGGACACAGUACAGCAGAUAUUUGAAAUCCCCUCCCUCUGGUAGCGGAGGAAAUCUCACUCCAAGGCAGGAAUGGUUUUUGAGGAGACUUAAGUUUUUAGAGCUACACAUGAAUAAACGACCCUCAACAUCAAACCUUUAUGUUCAAAAUGACUCUACUACUUCACUUGAGGAGGGUGAAGAUGAUGACAGACGUGAUGAUACAGAGCAGGAGCAAGAAGAGCAAGAACAAGAAAGGGAAGAGGAGGAGGAAAAGGUCCAGCCUAAAGGGAAAAAAAGGCAUAUUUUAAAAUAA